ACAAAAUUUGCAGUGCCAUUGUGUCCCCAGUAAAAGAAAUGCCCGAGUAUUGCCAAUUGAUGUAGACUUAAAUUCGACGUUGCCAAGUGGAGUUGUAAGCAGGUCAGAUCAGCAGGUUUCAGACGACGCUUUCACCGUUUUCACAAAACAUCGUACAGAGAACAGAACACUCGACACUAUAACGAUUAGCAGCAGCAGCAGCAGCAGGAGAGGUACCAAUUAAUCUUGAGAUGCAACAGAACGCAGUCAGCAAUCCGUUUUCGGUGGCCGCCUAUGGCGACCGACCCCAAAUGGGACUUGACGUAGAGUUUGGUGCGGAUCCAGCAAGCGGUGCAGCGUUCUUUCAGAGCGAUGGCCGGAAACAUGACGAUCUCAAGCAGAUGCUGGACAGCAAUAAGGAUGGCCUCAAGCUGGAGGCGAUGAAGCGCAUCAUUGGGAUGAUAGCGCGUGGACGCGAUGCCAGCGAUCUGUUUCCCGCCGUUGUCAAGAACGUCGUCUCCAAGAAUAUCGAGGUAAAAAAACUGGUCUAUGUGUAUUUGGUGCGCUAUGCCGAGGAGCAACAGGAUCUGGCCCUGCUCUCCAUAUCCACAUUCCAGCGCGCCCUCAAGGAUCCCAAUCAAUUGAUACGCGCCAGUGCACUCCGCGUCCUCUCUUCCAUACGCGUCAGCAUGAUUGUGCCGAUUGUAAUGCUCGCAAUACGCGACAGCGCUGCCGAUCUGAGUCCAUAUGUGCGCAAGACGGCGGCACAUGCUAUACCCAAGCUGUACUCAUUGGAUCCGGACCAAAAGGAUGAGCUGGUUACGGUGAUUGAGAAGCUACUGUCGGACCGUACCACGCUGGUGGUUGGCUCCGCCGUAAUGGCUUUCGAUGAGGUUUGCCCGGAGCGCGUUGAUCUCAUACACAAGAACUAUCGCAAGCUGUGCAAUCUGCUGGUGGAUGUGGACGAAUGGGGUCAGGUGAUCAUAAUCAAUAUGCUGACACGUUACGCACGCACGCAGUUCGUCGAUCCCAAUCCGGAUGAGGAGCACGGCCAGAUACAGGAUGCCCUCGAUGGUCAGGCGGCCGUCAAUGAUGAGCGCUUCUACGAUGAGUCCUCCAAUUCCAGCAGUGAAGCGAAUGAAGCUUCCAGCGAAGAGGAGGGCGCAACUGCAGCAGCCACACCAGCCACAAGCACAGCCAAAGCGAAGAGCAAGUCGAGCAACAACAACAGCAACAGCAAUGAUAAAGACAAUGACAACAACGGUGGUGGUGGUGCUGGUGGUGGUGUUGGUGCCACCGGUAGCUACCACAUCGAUUUGGAUCACCGGUUGCUGUUGCGGCAGACAAAGCCACUGCUGCAGUCACGCAACGCAUCCGUUGUGAUGGCCGUCGCCCAACUCUAUCACCAUGUGGCGCCUCGCAACGAGGUGCAACUGAUUGCGAAGGCACUGAUUCGCUUGUUGCGCUCGCACAAGGAGGUGCAGAGCGUGGUGCUUAACUGCAUUGCAUCGAUGUCGGCACGCCGCAAGGCCAUCUUUGAGCCGCAUCUGAAGUCGUUCUUUGUGCGCACCAGCGAUCCCACGCAUCUCAAGCUGCUCAAGCUGGACAUACUCACGAAUCUGGCAUCUGCCUCGAGCAUCUCGCUGAUAUUGCGCGAAUUCCAGACAUACAUUUCCAGCAGCGAUCGUAGCUUUGUCGCAGCCACCAUUCAGGCCAUCGGCCGUUGUGCGGCCAGCAUUAAAGAAGUCACCGAAACAUGCCUUAGCGGCCUCGUCCAUCUGCUCUCCAAUCAUGACGAGCAUGUUGUGGCCGAGAGCGUGGUGGUUAUCAAGAAGCUGCUGCAGAGCAAGGCCGCCGAGCACUACGAGAUCAUCACACAGAUGGCCAAGCUGAUUGACUACAUCAAUGUGGCGGCGGCACGAGCGGCAAUCAUUUGGCUAAUUGGCGAAUACAAUGAGAAGGUGCCGCUUAUUGCGCCGGAUGUGUUGCGCAAAAUGGCCAAAUCGUUUGUGGAUGAGCAGGAUGUGGUCAAGUUGCAGGUGCUCAAUUUGGGCGUCAAACUCUACUUAACCAAUCCAGAGCAGACGUCGCUGCUCUGCCAGUAUGUGUUUACGCUGGCCCGCUACGAUACCAACUAUGAUGUUCGCGAUCGGGCGCGCUUCUUGCGCCAGUUCAUCUUUCCCGCCAGCGCCGGCAGCACCGUGCUCACCCAGCACGCCCGUCAGGUAUUUCUGGCAUCGAAGCCGGUGCCAGUGCCGGAGAGCAAAUACCGUGAUGGCAAUGUCUACCAGCUGAGCUCACUGUCCCACUAUCUGAAUAUGCAUGCCACCGGGUACAAGGAGCUGCCCGUGUUCCCAGCGGUUGCACCCGAUCCAAGUGUCCGCAACAUUGCCGGCUAUAUGCAGGAGAAGCUGCCCGGCGAUAGUCCAGGGCGGAGCAAGGAUUCGCCCAAGGGCGAUGCCAAGGAGACGCGUGAAAAGGGCUUCCUAUCCGAGUCAGAGAAGUCUUCCGCUUAUUCCGAGACCAGUGACAGCGACAGCAGCGACGGCUCAUCCAGCAGCGACAGCGAACCGAACGAUGAUCAGGAUCAGGCAACGCAGCAAAAGCAGAACCAGAACCAGAAACAGAAGCAACCGCAGGCACAGGCACAACCAAAAGCACAAUCGCAGACACCAAAGUUAGAUCAAGUGGUGACCAAUCCAGCUGCUUCCAAUACGGCUGCGGCUGCUGCUGCUGCUACUGCUGCAACUGGUAACAAUAAUAACAACAACGCUGUCGACGAUUCUGGCACUUCCGACAGCGGCGAAUCCUCGUUCUACAGCGGCAGCAGUGACGGCGACAGCAGCAGCAGCGAUUCGGCCAGCGACAGCGAGGAUGAACAGCAGCCUAGGAAAUCAGCAACGGUUGCCGAGCAGGCGCCCAAUCAGGAUCUGGAGCAGCCGCAAUUGUCUCAACCGCAGGAUCAAGCUCAGUCGCAGACGCAGACGCAGCCGGCAGCAAAGAGCAAUUUGGAUCUGUUGCUCGAUCUGGACGAUAUACCGCCAAUUGGGCCAGUAAUGACGCCAUCGCUGGGUGGAUUCCUAACGCCAGGUACACCGAUGAUGCCUGGACAGGCUGCACUGCAGCCGCAGCAGGCGCACAAUCGCAUCGAACUGGUUGGGCCAUCGCACACGGACUUCAAGCACAAGGAGCUGCUGAACAAGGUUAGCGGACAUGGUCUGCAGCUGUCGUAUCGUUUCACACGCGCACCGCAUCUCUACUCGGCAGCGAUGUGCUCGAUUGAGCUGCAGUUUCAGAAUCGCAGCGAUCAGGAGCUGGACAACAUACGGAUGGGCCAGCAGCAGCUGCCGUCAGGAAUGCAGUUGAGCGAAUUUGCACCGAUCGUUCAACUGCUGCCCCAGCAGAUGGCCAGCGGUAUUUUGGGCGUUGAUUUCAAUGAUACGACGCAUGCGAUUGACUUCGAACUGGUCUCCAGUGCGGGCACGGUGCGCGUCCAACUGAAGCCGCCGGUGGGGGAGCUGGUGCGUUCGGUGCACAUUGGCGAGAGUUGUCAUCGUGAGGAACGGGCCAAGUUGCGGGGCAUGAACGAGCAUCAGUGCGAGCUGCGCGGCGUGCAGCGUGAACUGCUCGAUCUGGUUGCACUCAAGCAGAAGAUCUACGAGUGCAUCAAUGUGGCGCACACGUACAGCUCGGCAACGGGCCAGCUGCAUUGCUUUGCCGGUCAGACGCUGAGUUCCAAGAGCCUGGUGCUAAUCACGCUGCAGUGGCAAACGGAUGAUGCACUCACCCUGCUGGUCAAUUGCGAGAAAAUGGUCAUUGGCUCCAUGGUGCUCAACGAUCUGCGCAAUGCCCUCCAGCUGAGCUUUGCCACCUAAUUGGGCAACAGACUACAUACAAAGAACAACAACAAAAAUAGGGGAACAAAUAAGGAAAAACAUCCCCACAUCCAUACAAUAUAUAUGCAGUGAUCUCUCAAAAACAAAAAAUGCUUCCGUUCCACACCUGAACCUUAUUUGCAAAGAUUUUCAAUUGCUGCAUGUUGUAUUUGUCCAUUUGAAAAGAAAAUUACUAUGUUUUCCAACAAAAUUGGAUACAAUUGCAAUACGCAUGCAGUAAAAGUUGCGAGUUUCUAAUCUCUAAUCGAUCACUGUAUAUGUCCUACAUAAAUAAACUAAGCAUUCUUUAAGUGCAACAUUUGUUACUGCAAUAGCAACUAGUUGCAGAUAGUGUUCAGAUUAUUCAGUUGAAAUUACUAUUGUUAAAUGAACAAAUACGAAUCUUUGCGUAAACAGCUCGACAUGGUUUCCAUGCCCCAUCAAAUAUGCUACAUACAACAAAGCCGCAACAUUAUGUAAAGCUAAGCAAGCAUUAUACAAAUAUAUAUAUAUAUAUAUAUAUAUAAAUACUAGAUUAUGUGAAAUGCGAUUCCAAAUAAGCUAGAAAAUGAAAUGAAAAACAAAAAGUGAAAUUUUUAUUCAA